GAAAGUAGUAAUUGAACUCACGCCGUCGGGGAAUGCAGAGGUCGGGUUUAAUCUCUUCCCCAUUCAACAAGCCGUGUGAACAUGUACAUGCGCUACAGCCGUUCUCACAGGUUGUUGUUGUAGCUAGUGCUAAAGUGAAACUAAGUCACUAGUCACGGUCUAGAAAAAAGUACAACAGUUAAGAUAAUCGUCACAGAAUGGGGCAGAGCAAGACGAUGGAGACCCGAAGGGAUGGAUGCUAUGCCGGCAUCUCGUUUGUCGUGUUACUGGUUCUCCUUGCCGCUGCGGUGACAGUGACCAUCUACUUAACCAGGGACCAGCAGCCGCUGGACAUUCGGCUGCCCAUCUCCGCAGUUCCCUUCCACUAUAACCUGGAGAUUCAGACUUACAUGAACGCGCCGAAACCAAAAGACUUUUAUUUCAAGGGGAAUGUCACUAUUUGGUUUCACUGUAGAUCCGUUACCAAGAACAUCACGCUUCAUUCGGUAAACCUUCAGAUUCUCGACGCCAAACUCAGUGUUUACGGAAAAAGAUUCAAGGAUUCUGACCCAAACGUGCUGUCCUACAACAUCGACUCUGAAAGGCAGUUUCUGAUUCUAAAUUUAGACCGAGAGUUAAAGGUGAAUAAGACUUACCUGCUGGGCAUACAAUUUAAAGGAGAAUUGAAUACAGAGAUGUUUGGCUAUUUCCAAGGAAGCUACACCAUCAACGACACCGACCAUUUCUAUACAGUAACGCAGUUUGAACCCACCUACGCCCGCAGCGCUUUCCCGUGCUUCGACGAGCCUGCCAUGAAGUCAACUUUCAAUGUGACCUUGAUCAGGCCAAGCCACCUCAACUCCCUCUCCAACACGCAGACGAUCAGGACAGGCCAAAACUUCUCUGAAGGCAAUGUGACAUAUGUCAGUGACGUGUAUGACAUGACGCCUUACAUGUCAACCUACCUGGUGGCUUUCUACAUCGGUGACUUUGAACACCUGAGUAAGAAUACGAGCAACGGUCUAAAGUUCAGCACUUGGGCGCCACCACCUAUGGUCAACUCCACCAGCUUUGCCCUGGACAUUGGUGUAGACUUACUGCAUUUCUUUGAAGAGUUCUAUAACAUUUCAUACAAUCUCCCAAAGUUAGAUAUGAUCACCUUUAAACAUUUUGCGUUCGGUGGUAUGGAAAACUGGGGCCUUAUAACAUACAGAGAUGACCAUAUGCUGUAUGAAGAAGGGACUUCAAGGCUGACCAGAAAGACGACCGUGGCUAGAACCAUAAGCCAUGAGCUGUCCCACCAGUGGUUUGGUAACCUGGUCACCAUGGCGUGGUGGGAUGACCUGUGGCUAAACGAAGGGUUUGCUAAAUACAUGGACAGCUUUGGUGUGGACAACAUUAACCCUGACUAUAACGCGGUAUCGGCCUUUGUUGUCAUAGAUGUUUUUAGAGUCAUGCGCGGAGACAGUCUGGUGACAUCACGUCCGGUCUACACGCCGGUCACCCGCAAUGAAUUCAUCCUGGAGAUAGUGGACGAUAUCACAUACACUAAGGGCGCUGCGUUAAUCAGAAUGCUGAGUAACUUCAUUGGAUUGGAUACUUUUAAACAAGCUUUGAGAGUGUACUUAAAAACAAAGUCUUACAGUAAUGCUAACCAUGAUGAACUAUGGGAAACUUUCACUAAGCAAGCUACGAUGGACAAUAAGCACAUCAAUGUCAAGGACGUCAUGGACCCGUGGUUACACCAAAUGAACUAUCCACUGGUCACCAUCAAGAGAGACGGACCCAAACUGGUUCUAGGACAGGAGCGGUUCCUCGAGGAGUACCGUUCGGAUCCCAACAAGACAUCAGAUCUUUUAAAGAACCCGACUGAGCGCUACACCUGGAACAUUCCAUUGACAUUUAUGACCAAUCAAAGCAGACAUGUUGACCACGCCCUGCGAGACAUUCAUUGGAUGUGGACAAACGAAACAACAAAGGUUCUAAACUAUGGGCAUGGAAACAGAGCUGGUCAAGCCACGAAAUGGAUACUGGCCAAUAUUGACCACUACGGCUUCUACAGGGUCAACUAUGAUGUGGACAACUGGAUGGCGCUGUGUGAGCAACUGAAUCAAGACCACACGGUCAUUCCGGUGUUGAACAGAGCUCAGCUUAUCAACGACGCUUGGACUUUAGCUCUCUCUGGUCGUCUCUCUACUGACGUUGCCAUGGCAACGCUGAGUUAUCUACACAAGGAAAACGACGUCCUUGUCUGGAUUACCCCAGCGACAAUUCUAAAUGAUGUUAUGAGAAGACUGACGAACACUGCAGCUUAUGAUGCCUUAAAGAAAUAUAUACAAUGCAAAGUAUCCCAGCAAUACAAACAUCAUCUUCUCAAGCAAGACAGCACUAUCAAAGAAUUACAAGCCAACGAGUUAUUUUCGGCUUUGGCUUGCAUAUAUGGGAUCGAGGAUUGCCUCAAGGAAGCGCACAGACAGUUCUCCCUAUGGAGGAACAAUUCAAGCAGUUAUCCUAUCGACCGCCAUUUUUUGGGAAUCAUUAGUUGUUACGCUGUGGCCUAUGGAGGUUGGAAUGUAUGGAACUUUGCAUAUGAGAUGUUCCAACGGUCAAGCAGUUACCUAGAGAGACGCCACCUGUCGAAUGCCUUGGCAUGUUCGCAGUCUCCAAGCAUUUUAAAUAGAUAUCUUGUAAAGUUAUUAGAACCAAGCGAUCAGCGGUUAGCAGAUCCUAUCAAUGUUAUCGAUCAUGUUAUGGGUAACCCUAACGGGCGUGCCUUAGCAUGGAAUUUUUUCAGAGCCAACUUUGCUAAACUUUAUGCACUUUACGGCGAAUCGGUUACAAAGGUUGCUAAGCUCGCAGACCAUUUGAACACUCAGUAUGAGCUAGAUCAGCUGAAAGAGUUCAUUGAAGUGCAUGUUAAAGAAGACUACAGUGACGUCAUCAAAACGGUCGAGGCCAACAUUCGCUGGGUAUCAAGUAAUGGAGAUGGCAUCCUCAAGUUUCUACAGAAAAUUCAUUCCGAACCGUGUUAACGUAGGGUACAAGUGAGUUAAAAUGAGUUAAAAUGGGUUAAAAAAAAAAAAAAAAACCUAGUCACCAAAACAGUCGAAUACUCUCUUGUGGACUACAGGGACUUCUGGUACCAAAGAAGUGUUUUUAAAGUGUUUUAAAAAGUCUUUUUUAAAGUAUAAAUGAAAGUGGGUUUUUUAAAUUUGCAUUGUAUUUUUAUUUUGAGUUUAAGGUGGACGUGGUUAACAAAUCCAUUUGUUCACUUGUUUACUUAUCCACUUGAUAAUUUCUCCUCAUGUUUACUUAUCCUUAUGUUGACUUAUCCUUAUGUUGGUCUCUCUCAAAAGUUAAUCCCGAGUGAUGUCCCAUCUUUUUUAUGUGUUUAUAAAAUUAUUAUAUAUUUUUUGUAAUUAUAAAUUUAAAAAAAAUAGUUCAAUCUAAUACACGUAUGGCCUCAAUAGUCUCUCCAUGAUGUAAUGAGUAUAAUAGAAAUAAUAUAUAUUUUUAUUAUCAUUAUUAGUUCUCAGACACAGUUACAGUUAUGUUUUUAAGCGACCCCCCGAAAGGGAGAAGCUGCUACUAGCUUUGAUAGUUUUAUUGGGUUGUAUUUUUGCAGUUUUUUUUAUUUAACUCUUUAACUCCGUAAUUAUUUUUUCACGCUCUGAUUGAAAUUUUUUUAUUUUUCACAUUUGUACAUUCUACCCUGUUAAGAUUAAACUUAAAUAAAAUGUUUACUUGUGCUCAGAAAACGUUACUUUUGGAAUAGAAUUAGAGGAAAAUGUAUGCUCUUUUUAUAUAUAACACAAAUACAAGUUUCUAAAACCAAAAAUUAAUUUAAUUUUAUGAGGUCAAAUCAACGAUGCUAUGGUUAAUUAGGAGAAAAAGAGUUAACAUUGAGAAAUUGUCAGACUUGUCACUUCAUUCUUUAACAUUGGAAAGAGUGAGUCUUGUUCAAAGGGAAAUAACUCAAGUAAUAUUUUUAAUUUAAAAAUAGAGUACAUACAUAACACGUACCAUUAACUCUGUAUCUUGUUGAAAAUCAUAGUAGCACAAACAUAAGAAAUUCUAAUCUCCAUAGAAGCCAUGACACUAGACAUGCAGAUGAACAGCCUCGCUUUCGAUUUUUUUCCCCCACCUUUCUAGGACCAACUUUGACCUUAAUUACCAUAUUAUUUCAUGCCCCAACCUAUAUUAGAGAUUUUCAUAUGUGACGGAAAACCUAUAUAUAGCAAGCUUUUUGGUGUGUAUGGAAUAAAGUGUUGAUACAUUAUGUUUUCAGAGAAUCAUGUGAUCAUUUUUGUUUAGUAAAUCUAUCUAUUUCGAAUCGUUCCUAAUCUUCUAAUUUCUUACUUUUUUUCCUUUCGUUAAUGUUUCAUUACAUCGGCCACACAUUGUACGAUAUCGCUUUCUUUUCUUUUUCUCUAUUCCAGUGUUUUGGUGUUUCAAAAGAUUGUAAACCCAAGCUUAAAAAAAAAGAGUAAUUAAAACAACAGGUUAAAUAUUAGGCAAUGUCCAGAUUUCUCUCUUGUAGAGAAAAUAUGUUCGCCAUAAUAGUUUAUAAAUAAUGUUAAUAAAUUAUAUAAAUAUUGUAUAAAGCAGUAUGGCUAAUAUAUCUUUAUUUGUAUUUUUAUACAUCAUUUACAGGAUUGUAUUCCAGUUUAUUGUACAUGAUUUGUUAAAACUAUUAUUAUGCAUUAAAAUAUACAUAUAUUAA